AUGACGGCACUCCCCUACGCUGUGCCCCCGAACUACGCCAUCCGACUGGUCGAAGAACCUCUCUUCCCGGCCUCACAGGCCCCGGUCUCUGUCCAGGACCAACAUCACCCGGUCCAACCACACCCGUCCCACCCGUCGCACUUUCAAUUCCCACGCACGUCCCUCCACGCCGCGACACUGCACGCGCACUUCAAGGGGCCGCACGCGCCAGGGAGCGUGCGGGCGCCACGGUCCGCGACGGCGUGGUCCCCGCCGACCGACAUCCGCGAAACGCUGGCGACCUACCACAUCGAGAUCGAGGUCGCCGGCGUCACGGACAAGGAGGCCAUUGUCGUGCAGUGGCUCAGCCCGCACACGCUGCUCGUGCAGGGCGUGGCGUCCCGGCCCGCGAACAUCGGCCUGACCGACCAGGACGAGGGGAAGAGAAUCUGGGAAGGAAAGGAAGGGGAAGGAUGGGCCACCGAGUCGGGACACGCAAAGAAGCCCGAACCCACGGACGGUGGACCCCUAAUGCGCACGCCCAGCCGCGAGACCGUCGAGGCCGAAUACCUCGCCGACACGACGCCCACGAUCCUGCUCUCGGAGCGGAAGAUUGGUCCGUGGCGCCGCACCUUCACCCUGCCCGAGGAUGUGGAGAUGAGAGAGCUGAAAGCCCGCUUGGAGGGCGGGCUGUUGCGCAUCGACCUGCCCAAGCGGAGUGUUGAAGAUUUGGAGGCCAUGAAAGGUGGGGGCGUCAGGAUUGAUGUCGAGUAG